GUCCUAGAGCUUCUUUCAGCCAUCUACAAGUCUCAGGUGCCCAUCGAACCACUCCGCCUUCCUGAGCGGGAUCGUCGGCUGCUAGCAGAGUAUAGCCAGAAGCAGACCAAGUCGCAUAAGAUCGAAGAAUGGAGAAACUUCCCUCUCGCAACAGAAGAGCAGCGGCACGCUUGGUGGUUGAAAAAGAAUGAGCGCGUCGCAGAAGCCGCAGAAGCAAAUGGUGACCGCGCACCGCAACAGAGUCCCUCUGCGGCAAGUCCGGGGAUGACAGAUUCACCCAGAACAAUUUACCACGAGAGUCUGCAGCCAUCGGGUGCUGAACAUUCGGCCCUUGCAUCGAUACGACAGCCUCUGCUGACGCAAAGUUCAUGGCAA